CAUAGGUACCUCACCGCCGGUGGUGAUAAGCCUCCGGCAUCCCAGCACAUGUACGCGCGCGUUGUUUGGUCGUCGUCACACGCAGCACACACUCGAACGCACCGCGUGUGAGAUAUACAUAUAUAUAUAUAUAUAACUAUACAGAUCGUAUACGGUAUUUUUUUUCUCUUCGUUUCGGCCGCGUCAUUAUAAUAAUCCCGAAAAGUGUCGCGAGCUCGACCCGACUCGAGACUCACACAUCCGCUCGACGUAUCCGUCGUAGUAGUAGUCGUAGUCGUCGUCGUAGUAGUAGUCGUCCUCCGCGAGCUCCGUCCAAAACGCGUCCUAUACGCGCGCUCGUCCCGCCGUUUUCAGAAGAACACAAAUCGUCGGUCGAAUUUUAUUAAUUUUUUCUCCGCGCGCACGUGUGCGUCCGCGACCAGAGGUAUUCACGUCACCACUCUUCUCGAUCCUAUCGGUCGACACCCGAAGAAGUGAGCUCGCCAGCCGAAAACGCAACGCACCACUCCGCACACACGUCUUCGUCGACACUCCUCCGCAGACACGUGCGGCGUUUACAUCGGAAUCCGCGACCGAACCGUACGCGUCAACGUAAAUAAUAUUAUUGUCGUGCCGAGUCCACGAUGACGACGCGUCGUAAGCUUCUACUGUGGACGGUGACGUUUUUGGCCCUCUACGGUACCGCCGGGGCCCAAUCCCGCGGCGGCGCCGCCGGGUCUUCCGGUCCGGUCGGCCGGAGCAUUUGCGACACUUGCGCGUGCUCUCCCGACAACGUCAGGCCCGUGACGGUCAACUGCACGUGUGCGAAGACAAAACUGCUAAUCGUCCGGGACCAGGACACCACGGUGCUGUCGUCUGUCCAGGAUCUGACGCUGGCCAGUUGCGGUUUCGUGUCGCUGCCGCCGUCCGGGCUGUCGAGCUCGACGGCGCUGGCCCGCGUCACGGUGCGCGACAUGAAACUGUUCCACUACACGGCCGGCCUGUUCCCGGCACUGGAGAGCCUGUCCGUGGAGAACGUGGACGAGCUGGUGCUCGACGGUUUCGGGCCCGCCAGCCGGACGCUCCGCCACCUGACGCUCCGGCGCACCGCCGUGGUGAAGCUGGUCAAGGGCACGGUGACGACGGCCGCGCCGCUGCGCAGGGUCCUGUUCGACCGGGUGGACGUGGACGAGAUCGAGUCCGGUGCGCUGGAGAUGUCGUUCGUCGGCGACGGCGACAACGGUCAGCUGGCGGCCGCCGACGGAUUCACGGUCGUCAAUUCUACGAUCAAAUAUGUGCAUUCGGGCGGCGUGACCGUCCGGUCAGGCGCCGUCAGGAUCCUGAACAGCACGCUGGACAACUUGGCGUCCGGCGCGGUGGUGGUGGACGACGCGCGGAGAGGCGUCCGACUGUCGCACAACCGUCUGGGCUCGAUGGCCGGCGACAGCGUGUCCGCGGUCCAAUGGGACGGGGACUCGGCCGUGUACGUGGGCGGAAACGAGUUCCGGACACUGCCGGCCGACAUGCAGCUGCUCCGAUCCGAGCGGCCCGCCGAGUUCGUCGGAAACAACGUGGAAAGCGUGGACCUGGGCCCGUUCCUGUUCGGGCUGGGGCCCGCCGUCCGCGCGGCCGACAACCUGUUCACGUGCGACUGCGACCCGCGGCGCAUCAGCGUGCUCAAGCUCAACCAGGUGUUCCCGGGCCUGCUGCAGCCGGACGUGGACAGCCGGUUCGCCAGUCUGCUGGCCGACAACUACUGCCGGCAACCGGCCAACACAACGCUGGCCGGUUACAGGGACCUGCUGGUCAGAGAGAUCGUGUGCGAAGGCGCUAACGUGACCGCCAUCCAGCCGCCCCAGUCGCCGACGGGCCAGCCGCAACCGUCCAGGGACACCGCGGCCCCGAACCACGGUAACGCGAUCACCGCUGCUGCGUACGUGAGUGCAGCCGUCGUCGCCACUUCGUUCCUGUUGCGCGUCUGCUGAGCGCCAAUAACGACGACAGAUUUCGUUUUUUAAUUUUUUUUUUUUUAUUUCAAAUAUCUUUUUCAUUUUUUCACGACUUAAGAUCAUCGCAACGCCGAACUGUUUCGGAACUCUUUAUCACAUUAUAGUCUAUACCAUAGAUUCUAUAGUGUGGUAUGACGAUAUAUAUUGGUAUUAUUACUUAAAUAUGUUUCAAUUUUAUUUUUAUUUUUAUAUAAUAUUAUAAGUACCUAUUUUGAAACGGUACAUCGGACGCGCUGCUCCUUCACUUAUAUAAUAAUAUUAUAACACUACCUACUACUAAAUAACAAUAAUAUUAGAUAUAAAAUUUGUAAAUAUUACAAUAUAUAUUAAGAUAAAUUGUGUAUUUUUUAAAAAAAAUUUUUAGUUAUUAAAAACGUUUUGUAAAUCUUUUCA